AUGGAGGCGUGGGAGCAGCUUCGGGAUAUUUUUCAGGACAACAAAUCCUCCCGGGCCGUUACUCUUAAGCAAGAGUUCUCUAGUACUCUCAUAGAAGACUUCCCGAACGCAUCGGCCUAUUGUCAACGUUUAAAAAUGUUGGCGGAUCAACUUAAGAAUGUUGGCGCUCCGGUUUCCAAUUAUCGCCUUGUCUUGCAAAUGAUUGUCGGUCUAACCGAAUCCUAUAGUGGCCUUGGUACUCUCCUUCGCCAAAGCGAUCCUCUACCGCCUUUCUACCAAGCCCGUUCUAUGUUGGUUUUGGAAGAGGCCGAUUUUUCUAAAAAGACCAAUACCGGGGCUGCUUCCUCGGCCUUAGUGGUGGAUGUAAAUGUGCUUGAUGACUCUUCUUCCCACCGUGGUUCUAAUGGUGGCAAGAAGGGCUCUUCUCGGCCUUCUUCUGGGAAAAACCGGAACCACGACACCAAGGUUGGUUCUGGCAGUGGGGCCAAGGGUGGCUACCCUCCGCAGCAGCAGUCAGCAGUAUACCCGCAACAACCGGAUUUUCAGACGGGGAGCCCACUCAUGAGAUGUGAGAGUCAAGGUGCUUUAUAUCCCAGUACCACCACAAAUAAUCAAGCCUUUCCUCAUUCCAGUUUUGCUGCUCUUGUACCUUCCUUAUGGCAUGAUCGGUUGGGUCAUCGGGGUGCUCCCAUCUUGGACUCUCUUAGGCGCAAUAAUUUUAUUGAGUGUAAUAAUGAUAGUAGUUAA